AUGGAUUAUGACUUCAAGGCGAAGCUGGCGGCGGAGCGGGAGCGGGUGGAGGAUUUGUUUGAGUACGAAGGGUGCAAAGUGGGACGCGGCACCUACGGGCACGUCUACAAGGCGAGGCGGAAAGAUGGAAAAGAUGAAAAGGAAUAUGCAUUGAAGCAAAUUGAAGGCACAGGAAUAUCCAUGUCGGCUUGUAGAGAGAUUGCACUUUUACGAGAAUUGAAGCAUCCCAAUGUGAUCGCAUUGCAGAAGGUGUUCCUUUCUCACAGUGACAGGAAGGUGUGGCUGCUGUUUGACUAUGCAGAACAUGAUUUGUGGCAUAUAAUUAAGUUUCACCGUGCAUCAAAAGCAAAUAAAAAGCCCAUGCAGUUGCCAAGAUCUAUGGUUAAAUCAUUACUUUAUCAGAUUCUUGAUGGUAUCCAUUACCUCCAUGCAAAUUGGGUGCUUCACAGAGAUCUGAAACCAGCAAAUAUCCUAGUAAUGGGAGAAGGUCCUGAGAGGGGGAGAGUCAAAAUAGCUGACAUGGGUUUUGCCAGAUUAUUCAAUUCUCCUCUAAAGCCGCUAGCAGAUUUGGAUCCAGUAGUUGUGACUUUUUGGUAUCGGGCUCCAGAACUUUUGCUUGGUGCAAGGCAUUAUACAAAAGCCAUUGAUAUAUGGGCAAUAGGUUGCAUAUUUGCUGAAUUGUUGACUUCAGAGCCAAUUUUUCACUGUCGUCAGGAAGAUAUAAAAACAAGUAAUCCCUUUCAUCAUGAUCAACUCGAUCGGAUAUUUAGUGUCAUGGGGUUUCCUGCAGAUAAAGACUGGGAAGAUAUUAGAAAGAUGCCAGAAUACCCCACACUUCAAAAAGACUUUAGAAGAACAACAUACGCCAACAGUAGCCUCAUAAAGUACAUGGAAAAACACAAGGUCAAGCCUGACAGCAAAGUGUUCCUCUUGCUUCAGAAACUCCUCACUAUGGAUCCAACUAAGAGAAUCACCUCAGAACAAGCUCUGCAGGACCCCUAUUUUCAGGAGGACCCCUUGCCAACAUUGGAUGUGUUUGCUGGCUGCCAGAUUCCAUACCCCAAACGAGAAUUCCUAAAUGAAGACGAACCUGAAGAGAAAGGUGAUAAGAAUCAGCAACAGCAACAGAACCAACAUCAGCAGCCCACGGUCCCUCCAGCACAGACAGCAGCACCUGCGCAGGCGCCCCCUCAGCAGCAGAGCAGCAGCCAGACCAAUGGGACUGCAGGAGGGGCCGGGGCUGGGGCCGGGGGCACCGCAGCAGGGCUGCAGCACAGUCAGGACUCGGGCCUCAACCAGGUGCCUCCCAGCAAGAAGCCGCGGCUGGGGCCUUCAGGCGCAAACUCAGGCGGGCCUGUCAUGCCCUCAGAGUAUCAGCACUCCAGUUCACGCCUGAAUUACCAAAGCAGUGUUCAGGGAUCCUCUCAGUCCCAGAGCACACUAGGCUACUCCUCCUCAUCUCAGCAGAGCACCCAGUACCACCCCUCUCACCAGGCCCAUCGGUACUGA